GGCAAUGCAUCAAACACUCACAAAUUUCUCGCGAGCGAAGGUUGUUUGUUGUCGAUGGAAAAAAGGUUGAAAAUCACGUACUAAGUGUUGGCCUUGCCCGCCAAAUGUCUAGGUUCCAAGAGCUAAAGAAAGAAAUUUCUGUCUUGGAGAAGACUUUCGGGCCACACAACAAACAGUUCCGUGUGUCGGCGAAUGGUUUGGAUGAGCUAAUAUGCCGCUUUGUGUGCCCGAGUUCAAACGAAGAGCAUGUUAUUCACUGUAACAUUUAUGAGUCCUACCCCGAUCCACCGCCAAUGUGGUUCAGCGAAAGUGAAGACUCCACGGUCACAGAAAUAGUCGAGUCGGUUGGCGGUUCUGUAGACGCAACGCAACCCAAAUUGCUCUUACGACAAACGCAACAUCUUGUGAGGGAACUUUUUAAACAGCGUGGCUCCCCUAUACCACCCUACAUCGAUGGCCUUGAGUCAAUUCAAAUUAUCAAAGACGAGGCUGAUGACAAAGAUGCCACAACUGAACAUAUGGAUGAUGAUGACAGUGAAGAUGAGGGACUAGAGGAGGAUAAUGAUGAAAACAGUGAGGACUCUGAUAACUAUGAAAUGGAAGAGGAAGUAGACAAUGAUGAGAAGAAAGAAUUACAAGAAAUUGGUGCUGAGAACUUUGCUGUCUUAGAAAGACUGAGGCUUACAAGACGUGAAGAUCAUUUGAAGGGCACUGUUUGUGGAUCAGUGCAAGCAACAGACAGGCUCAUGAAAGAACUGAGGGAUGUGUACAGAUCUGACAGCUUCAAAUUAGGAAAUUACUCUGUCUAUCUGAAUAAUGAUAAUCUUUAUGACUGGAGUAUCAAAAUAAUGAGAGUUGAUCCUGAGAGCGUCCUGCACAAAGACAUGGUCCAGAUAGAGAAACAAGAAGGCAUAGACCACAUCCUACUGAACAUGACUUUUACGGAUAAGUUUCCAUUUGAUCCGCCAUUUGUAAGAGUUUGUUAUCCAGUUAUUCAAGCGGGCUAUGUGCUGAGUGGAGGUGCAAUUUGCAUGGAGCUCUUGACCCCACAGGGGUGGAGUAGUGCUUAUACAAUAGAAGCCGUCAUCGUCCAGAUUUCCGCCACUCUGGUCAAAGGAAAAGCUCGUAUUAACUUCCAAGAUACCAAAAAGCCCGGAGUAUAUAGUCUUCACAGAGCACAGCAAUCCUUCAAAUCUCUUGUCCAGAUACACGAGAAGAAUGGCUGGUACACCCCGCCCAAGCACGAAGGGUAGCACCCGCUUAUGGUACGGGUCUCCUUGCUGCUUGAUUCGUUUAUAUUUUCGUAAACCCCCCACUAGGAGCUUCUAGUGCAUGUAUAUAUACAAAGAUGCCGAAUCCAUACAUUGAUCUGCUCAUUGCGGACCAGGUAACUAUAAAUAACCUUUAUAAUGAGGACGUCCAGCCAAUCCAUCUAUAGAGCCAUCGAAUUGCUUAGGACAAGACAAGAGUAGGAAGUGAUGACGACGGAGAACAACGAUAAACCGGUUACGGGAAGGGCUUAUUACGUCACAAUUCCCGGUGCAUUGGACGAAAAAACUCCGGAGUAAAGAAAGGACUUUCUAGAAUUGUCUACAACGGUGCGCCAAUCGACCAACAAGGACAUCCAGAUUUGCAAAGUUAUACUGUCUAUUGAGGCGUAGACGUUUGCACUACUAGCCAAUCUAUAGAUUUUGUAAUUUAAAAAAAUAGUGCAUUCACUUUUCUGUCCAGAUAUCAUACCGUUUCCUAGCGCUUCCAAGUAGUAUAUGGGGUUCAAUGGAGAACUUGAUUUGGCUCUGCCUUACAACACCUUGAUAUGGCGGCUACCGUUGUUGGAAUCGAUGAAAAUAGGAUGAUUUGAAUUCAAAACAAUUCUUGGCCUGGCGAGCCAUCCCCUGUUAAGUUCGAGGCUGUCUCGCCUGAAACGCAGGCUAAACAAUUCUAGAUACUUUUAUUGAAGUUUCAAAGGUGCUGUUUAUGUUGCGUAGAAGGUAGAGUCACAAUGCAUCAUAGGAGUGCUUUAUUUUCAGCAGGAAUUUAGCGACAUUUUAAGAA